AUGGACAGCCGGCUCCUCGAGCACCCCCAUGCCCAGUUCGGCGGCAUGGUGGGCUUCCCCUACCCCAUCGGACCCCCCCACGUCUACGAGCUGGCCGGCCAUCAGCUCCAGGCCGCCGCCGCCGCCGCCGCCGCCGCCUCCGUGCCCUUCUCCAUCGACGGAUUACUCAACGGCUCCUGCGCCGCCGCCGCCGCCGCCGCCGCCUCGGUGGUCAACCCCAACCCGCUCCUGCCCGCCGGUUGCGGCGUCAACGGGGACGCGCAGCCCUUCAAGCUGACCGAUUCGGUGGAUCCAGACAAGGAAAGCCCCGGGUGCAAGAGACGAAGGACCCGGACCAAUUUUACGGGCUGGCAGCUGGAGGAAUUGGAGAAAGCGUUUAACGAAAGCCAUUAUCCCGACGUCUUCAUGCGGGAGGCCCUCGCCCUGAGGCUGGAUCUGGUGGAGUCGCGAGUGCAGGUCUGGUUCCAAAACCGCCGGGCCAAGUGGCGCAAGAAAGAGAACACGAAAAAGGGCCCCGGCCGGCCGGCCCAUAACUCCCACCCCACCACCUGCAGCGGGGAGCCCAUGGAUCCCGAGGAGAUCGCGCGCAAGGAGCUGGAGAAGAUGGAGAAGAAGAAGCGCAAACACGAGAAGAAACUGCUGAAAGGCCAGGCUCGCGGCCUCCACUCGCCCAGCGGCCUCUCGGUCAACAGCAGCACGCAGAGCUCCGACAGCGACGGCGGGGGAGGCGGCGGCGGCGGCGGCGGCCUCUCCCCGGACCCGCCCGACGGCUGCAAGACGCCUUCCAGCAGCGGCCACCACGCGCCCUUGAGCGGCGGUUGCGACCCAGCCGCCGCCUCGGCUUUCUACCCGAGCCGCUGCGCCGCCAAGGACCACCCGGGGGGCCCGUCAGGAUCGGAGUGCGCGGGGCCCCCCGCCCUGCCCGGCGGCUACCCCAAACUCAACCCCUUCAGCGUGGAAAGCCUUUUGUCGGACUCGCCGCCUCGGCGGAAAGCGGCGCUGGACUUCUCGCCCGCGCUGGCCCCCUGCGGCCCGUCGGCCCGCACCCUCAUCGGCAAGGGCCACUUCUUGCUCUACCCCAUUACGCAGCCGCUGGGCUUCAUCGUGCCCCAGGCCGCCCUGAAGAGUAACCCGGCCCAGGAGGCGCCCCAGAGAGGCUCCCCGCUCCCCGCCGCCAACCCCAGCCCGGACCCUGCGCCCCCCAAGAGCAGCAGCACCGCCGCCAUCUCCACGCCGGGGGGCGAGGGCGUCAGGAAGGUCCUGGCCUCGCCGUUGGCCGCCCCUUGCUCCUCGGCCGCCUCCCCCGCGCCCUACGGCCUCGACUCGGCUUCCCAGGGGGAGGGGACCAGCGGCGGCCCGUCGGCGGCCCCCAAGUCGCCCCCCAGGGAGGCCGCCCGCGCCAAAGGCAACGCGGAUUGCCGCUCGACGGAGAGAGACUGUGCCACGGAGACCAACUGUUUAGACUGUGAGGAGGUGGAUAUGGACUAG